CGUUCGGACCCGCUGCGCGAUGCCGGCAGUUUAGGAUCCAAAGCUUCUCUACUCGUUUUGUUCUUUUCUUUUAUAAAAAGAGGAGGGGAAAUCCCGGUGGCAGGCAGCCCGGCACACACACACCCGCCCUCAUACUCCGACAAAAGCAGAUGCACUUUGACUUCUGACAGCUCUACCUCAAGCCCAAGAGAACUCCACGGCGCUCUCCCUGCGACCCGAGCUCGCUGCGUCGUCCUCUUCCUUCUCCGUCUCCGUUUUAUUUAUUUCUGUUCCCGUCGCCGUUCUCGGUGACCUUCACUCCUCCGCGGGCUCUGGGCAGAAGAGUGGCUUUCUCGCCGGCCGGAGACUCUUCCUCGCCCCGGGAGCUUCGGCGGGGCUGCGGUGCCCCGGGGCCCUGGGACUCCCAGGCUGCACACUCCACCGAGGUGCCCUCCGCCCCGCAUCAGCCUCAUUUUCACCCCCUUCUGAUUUCCUGGUGCGGGUUUUGGCCCGCACCCCCAGUGUGUCUCCUCUUUUUUGGAGGGGCUGGGGAGCUCUGGGUAUCGUCUUUGGGAGCCAUCCCCUAGGCUCUCCCUGCUCUUCUCUCUCCCGGCCUCACCCGACCAAAACCAAAGACCAUGGUGCACUGUGCCGGCUGCAAAAGGCCCAUCCUGGACCGCUUCCUCUUGAAUGUGCUGGACAGGGCCUGGCAUGUCAAGUGCGUCCAGUGCUGUGAAUGUAAAUGCAACCUGACCGAGAAGUGCUUCUCCCGGGAAGGCAAGCUCUACUGCAAGAACGACUUUUUCCGAUGUUUCGGUACCAAAUGCGCGGGCUGCGCGCAGGGCAUCUCCCCUAGCGACCUGGUGCGGAGAGCGCGGAGCAAAGUGUUUCACCUAAACUGCUUCACCUGCAUGAUGUGUAACAAGCAGCUGUCCACUGGCGAGGAGCUCUAUAUCAUCGACGAGAACAAGUUUGUCUGCAAAGAGGAUUACCUAAGCAAUAGCAGUGUCGCCAAAGAGAACAGCCUCCACUCGGCCACCACGGGCAGCGACCCCAGUUUGUCUCCAGACUCCCAAGACCCGUCACAGGAUGAUGCCAAGGACUCGGAGAGCGCCAACGUAUCCGACAAGGAAGGGGGCAGCAAUGAGAAUGAUGACCAGAACCUGGGCGCCAAGCGGCGGGGCCCCGCACCCAUCAAGGCGAAGCAGCUGGAAACUCUGAAGGCAGCCUUUGCUGCCACUCCCAAGCCCACGCGCCAUAUCCGGGAGCAGCUGGCUCAGGAGACUGGCCUCAACAUGCGUGUCAUCCAGGUCUGGUUCCAGAACAGACGCUCCAAGGAACGGAGGAUGAAGCAGCUGAGCGCGUUGGGAGCCCGGCGCCACGCCUUCUUCCGCAGUCCGCGCCGGAUGCGGCCGCUCGUGGACCGCCUGGAGCCGGGCGAGCUCAUCCCCAACGGACCGUUCUCCUUCUACGGAGAUUACCAGAGCGAGUACUACGGGCCCGGGGGCAACUAUGACUUCUUCCCGCAAGGCCCCCCGUCCUCGCAGGCUCAGACGCCGGUGGACCUGCCCUUCGUGCCGUCGUCCGGGCCCUCCGGGACGCCCCUGGGCGGCCUGGAGCACCCGCUGCCGGGCCACCACCCGUCGAGCGAGGCGCAGCGGUUCACUGACAUCCUGGCGCACCCCCCCGGGGACUCGCCCAGCCCUGAGCCCAGCCUGCCCGGGCCUCUACACUCAAUGUCGGCUGAGGUCUUCGGGCCCAGCCCGCCCUUCUCAUCACUGUCGGUCAACGGCGGGGCGAGCUACGGGAACCACCUGUCUCACCCGCCCGAAAUGAACGAGGCGGCCGUGUGGUAGCGGGGUCUCGCACGGUCCGCGGAGUUCGUGGUUGUACAGAAAUGAACCUUUAUUUAAGAAAAAUAGAAAAAAGAAGAAAAAAAACAUAAAAGCAAGUCACCCCCCCCCAUACACACACACUUCCUUCAGCCUCGGGGACCAUUUUCCGUCUGGCGAGUCCAGACGGGAAAGGGGACAAGAAACAGGAUCCAAUCCUCUGGAAGUAGAACUGGGAUCCGUGCUCUGACUGGCAAGGUGCAGAACUGGGGCUCCGGAAGGGAUAUUCAGACGUCUCCCCAUCUUCCACCUGGACCCGGAUCCAGGGGCAGACUCUUCGAGCCUGCGCACCUGGCCAGAGGGCUGCAGAGAAACAGCCACGGAGGCGGUGGGGGCGCACAGCCAGUGGUGACGCCGGGAGCCGCGGGGAGGGAGGCCGAGAGGCGCAGCCGGGUGAGGGAGGUGGAGAAGCCCGGGGCGCUCCCGGGCCAGCCAGGAGGGUUCUGCCUCUGGGAAAUUCACUAGUGUUGUCUCAGAGUUCAGCAACAGCGACAACAAACUCUUAUAGCUUCAGAAACGCCGACCUGCUGUGCAUCAGGUGGGACUAUAUAUAUAUAUAUUUUUUGUCUAUCUGGGUUUUUGGUUUUUGUUUUUGCCAAAAUUGCAAAAUUCUAAAUGUAAAGCCCUCAGUAUCAACUCUUCUACCUUCACAAAGCUCUACACACACACAUACACACACACACACACACACACACACACACACCCUCGAUAAGGAUGGUCUCUAGCCAGACCUCUCAGUAAAAUGACUUGAACAUCAACUGUACAAGAAAGUAUUCUACCUUCACACAUACAAAAAAAAAAUUAAAAAAAAAGACUAUUGAACUAAAAACAGUCAACUGUUUACGUAUAACGUUAAAUUCAGGAGUUCAGUGUUUUAUUAAUAUAUCCUGUUUUGAAACCUCUUGUUCAAAAACAAAAUGUUUUGAGCAAUCAACCAAAAUUGUUCAUUUUCUUUUCCUGUAGAUGUUCUGACAGAUUUGCAGGGCUCGCAGCUCACUGUGCUAGUAUGUAAAAAGGUGUUGUUUACACAAGGCAAAGAGAAAACAUGAUAUUCAGACACUUGCCAAAUAGAAUAAUUAUAGCACAAAUACUGUAAAGGUGCCUGGCACCACAACCUGAGAAAGUGUUAAAAAAAAAAAAAGAAAAAAAGUGUUACAAGGUUUAAAAAAAAAACAUCUUUGCUAAUUUUUAGUCCUGUUGAACAUUCAUGGAAUUGUUAAUAUGACUUAUAUAGACCCACACAGGUUUUAUUUUUGUGUCUUUAAAAUAAAAGUCCAAAAUAUUUAAAUUUUAUGGUCAAAUAUGCAGUCAACAGCUGCUACUUUUUUCUUUAUAUAUUAAAUUUCUCAUAUGUCUUUUAUUGUUCUGAUAAACCUAAGCUUGUGUGACCUCCAGUGCAUAUUAGACCAUUCACUGUAUGAAAGAAAACAUGUUGA